AAAUUUCAUCUUCCGUUUGGCCAAAACGCGACGAUUGAGUUGCGCGACAUCGUUCCAACACCAAGUUCAUAUCACUUCCAACACAACCUCCAACAUUCACUUCUAUUCUGGAAAGAGAAAGAGGAAGUACCAUGACACUCCCUACGAAACAUCCUCGACAACGAGGAGGCAUGAAAGGCAUCCGAGCCACGUCGGUUCUAUGGGCCGUGAUUGUGGCUGGCAUUGUGUGGUCGGCCAUUCGAGAGGUCAAUCGUAGCCACCGUGAUGAUCGCGAUGCAAUGACAAACGAGAACUCUCUACUGGCCACUCCCGACGAAGUGCUCCAACGGUUACUGCAGCAAUCUAGCAAUAGCAAUGGUGAGCAACAGCAACAACAACAGCAACAGCCCGUGUCUUCCUCUUCCAAAGCUGUUGUUGUCUCGUCAGAAAAAGAGAUUGUCCAUACUACUACUACUACCAAUGUCAUGGUGGUGGCGUACAAUGCAAGUUCCGAAGAGCAGCUCUUUUCCUUGGUGGAAAAUCAGAUUGCCGAAUUCCACAAUGCGCAAGACCCCAAGGGUGUUGGAACACGACAACCCGUAGUGCUGCGAGGAGUGUGGGAACCUCCCAGUGACAGUUGGAAAUCCGAACGAGCCUUUCUCAAAGCCUACAGUACAAUCCCGUACUACAUCAAGGACAAGUACGUGCAAGUCAAGGACGAAACUUGUGUGGCGCAAUUCGGGGAUUUGUGGAAUUUCAUUGCGGGAAAUAAAACCCAUCCACGCAAGUCGCUGCUGGCAUUUACCAAUGACAAGGAAAAUAGAGCCCUCUUUGGACAAGCCGGCGAAAAACUGCCCUUUGAUAUUCCUCCCGUCGUACAACACAUUGACUCGUUUUCCAUCUUGUCCACCAUGACCAAAGGACAAUCGCACGAAUUCCAUAAACACGGUGAAAGCUGGAUUGCCCAAGCCGUGGGCUACAAAGUGUGGUGGUUCUUGCCACCCACCGCCAAACGACCUGUGAAAGUCAAUGCCUGUGAUUAUUUGAAUGGAAAAGAACCACUGCCAAAGGGAGCCAUAAAAACUACUAUUCAGGGACCGGGUGAUGUCAUUUGGUUCCCACACGACUAUUAUCAUGCCACUUGUUCCUUGUCGGAAUGGACCGUGGGAAUUGGGAGACAGUUGGGGCCGCGGAUACGACAAAAUUUUAAAGACUUGCCUCUCACAAUUGACAAUACAGAUCGGACUGCCGUCGAGAAAACCUUGCAGCGAUGUUCGGGGGAAGGCUCGAAUACACUUUUGUCUCGCCGGAAUUUGGAUUCUUCCAAUGCCGCAAAGGAUAAAGAUUGGAAGUGGUAUGGUGGCGAUGUGAACAAGUAUUACAACGAUCUCGAAAAUGAUCACAAGAGAAAUCCAAAUGAUGUGGCCAGCUAUGCCGUUCAUCGCUGGCUGGGCGAUAAAAGAUCGACGGAAACGCACUACGAAUUGAUUCACGAAGGAAUCUUGAAACAUUAUCAAAAAUCCACAAAGACGAGUGCGGAAUCGGCACCACUAGAAGUUCUCGAUGCCGGGUGUGGAUUGGGCAGUGCCUUAAUGUGGAUGGAAGCCAAACAACCCGCAUGGAAGCUGCAAGGACGUACGUUGUCGGAAGAACAGGCCAAAUUCAUUCAGACCACACUCCCGACUCAUCGCUUCCAAAUCAAGUUAGACAGUUACGACAACAUCAUCAACGACGACACACCAACAUUGGAUGUCAUUUACAGCAUUGAAGCCGCCAUUCACUCGACGGAUAUGCAGAAAACACUUCGCGCUUGGGCUACUCGUUUAAAGCCCAAACAUGGGAUGGUGGUUCUCAUUGACGACUUUUUGCAACCAGGUGCCAGUCGAGACGACGAGGACGUGGACCUCUUUGCCCGAUCUUGGUUGGCCAACUCCCUCUAUACCGUGACAGAGAUGAAUCAAAUGGCCCGACGGGUUGGAUUGACGUUGGUGGAAUCCAGAGAUUUGUUGGCCGAGUAUCGAGUGGUGGAACUCAAUUACCGCAACAAGGUACCAUCGCUGGACCCCGAUAAACAAAAGAAUCAUCAAGGCUGGAUGGGAUCCAAAUAUCGCCAAAAGCUGACUGUGGAAGGAAAGAUUGGAUACAACAUGGUGAUCUUUCGAAAGAUGUAAACUAAGUAAACAUAGUGUUCCCGCCUUUCAAUUUUAAUUAAACUACCGGUGCGGUGGAUGAUAGUCUGGA